GUAACAAUGAUCAUGUUCGUGUCUGACUGAGAUUUAGACAUGGACGCUUACAACCUCCGCAGACCUUUCGCACCGGAAGGGGUCGUGGAAGACAUGUCGUGGACUUCUCUUCAUUCCGUUUUGAUGACUAUCGCGAUCGGCGCAUGGUUUGCGCUUUCUCUCAGAGUCAGGCGGGCCGUUGACUGGCGCGAGUUGUUGCAUGAUGAUGCCAGUGCGGC